GGGCAGAGGUGGCAGCAAGUUUAGUUGCGCGGGGCCGCCGCGGAACUGUCAGUGGCGGCGGCGGCGGCUGGGGGCAGUGGCGGCGGCGGCGGCGGCAGCGGCGGCGGCGGAGGACUCUGGUCUGCGGCUGCGAUGUGGAGGUUCCGUUUGGCCCACGGGGGCCUAAGGCUCCUGGGUGUCCGACGUGUCUGUACCUCCCAAAAUAGCCAUUACCCCGAGUACAAGCCCAUCAAGAAAGUCAUGGUGGCCAACCGAGGUGAGAUAGCCAUUCGAGUGUUCCGGGCCUGCACGGAACUUGGCAUCCGCACCGUGGCUGUGUACUCUGAGCAGGACACGGGGCAGAUGCACCGGCAGAAGGCGGAUGAGGCUUACCUCAUUGGGCGUGGCCUUGCCCCGGUGCAGGCCUAUCUGGACAUCCCAGACAUCAUCAAGGUGGCCAAGGAGAAUGAUGUCGAUGCCAUUCACCCCGGCUACGGGUUCUUGUCAGAGCGCUCUGACUUUGCUCAAGCCUGCCAUGACGUAGGGAUUAAGUUCAUUGGUCCCAGCCCUGAAGUGGUCCGCAAGAUGGGGGACAAAGUGGAGGCGCGGGCCAUCGCCAUUGCUGCAGGCGUCCCAGUGGUUCCAGGCACAGAACGCCCCAUCUCUUCCUUGCACGAGGCUCGUGAAUUCUCCAACAGCUACGGCCUCCCAAUUAUCUUCAAAGCUGCCUACGGGGGUGGGGGGCGUGGCAUGAGGGUCGUAUACAACUUCGAGGAGCUGGAAGAGAAUUUUAACCGGGCUUAUUCUGAGGCUCUGGCUGCCUUUGGGAAUGGGACACUGUUUGUGGAAAAAUUCAUUGAGAAACCACGUCACAUCGAAGUUCAAAUACUGGGGGACCAGUUUGGGAACGUUCUGCACCUUUACGAGCGGGAUUGCUCCAUCCAGCGGAGACACCAGAAGGUUGUGGAGAUUGCCCCUGCUACCCAUUUGGAUCCCCAGCUCCGGAGCCGCUUGACUAGCGAUUCGGUCAAAUUAGCCAAGCAGGUGGGAUAUGAGAACGCAGGCACAGUGGAGUUCCUCGUAGACAAAUAUGGCAAACACUAUUUCAUUGAGGUCAAUUCUCGGCUACAAGUGGAGCAUACGGUCACUGAGGAGAUUACCAAUGUAGACCUUGUCCAUGCCCAGAUCCAUGUAGCUGAAGGCCGGAGCCUGCCCGAUAUGGGCCUUCGGCAGGAGAACAUUCGAAUCAAUGGUUGUGCCAUCCAGUGUCGGGUCACCACGGAGGACCCUGCCCGAGGCUUCCAGCCAGACACAGGCCGCAUCGAGGUGUUCCGGAGCGGUGAGGGCAUGGGCAUCCGCUUGGACAACGCCUCAGCCUUCCAAGGGGCACUCAUCUCCCCGCACUAUGACUCCCUCUUGGUCAAAGUCAUUGCCCACGGCAAGGACCACCCCACAGCUGCCACCAAGAUGAGUCGGGCACUAGCCGAGUUCCGAGUUCGAGGGGUAAAGACCAACAUCCCCUUCCUGCAGAAUGUCCUCAACAACCAGCAAUUCCUGGCAGGCGCUGUGGAUACCCAGUUCAUCGACGAGAACCCUGAGCUCUUCCAAAUGCGGCCUGUGCAAAACCGGGCCCAGAAGCUGCUGCACUACCUGGGCCACGUCAUGGUGAAUGGUCCUCAGACCCCAAUUCCUACCAAUGCUACCCCCAGCCCCAUGGAUCCCAUUGUCCCCCCCGUGCCUAUGGGCCCACCUCCACCGGGCUUCAGGGACAUCCUGCUGCGUGAGGGGCCCGAAGGCUUUGCCCGAGCCGUGCGGAAUCACAAGGGGCUGCUGCUGAUGGAUACCACCUUCCGCGAUGCCCACCAGUCCUUGCUGGCCACCCGAGUGCGGACCUAUGACCUCAAGAAGAUCGCCCCUUAUGUUGCCCACAGUUUUAACGGCCUCUUCAGUGUGGAGAACUGGGGGGGAGCCACCUUUGACGUCUCAAUGCGCUUCCUCUAUGAGUGUCCCUGGCGGAGAUUGCAGGAGCUCAGAGAGCUCAUCCCCAACAUCCCCUUCCAAAUGCUGCUGCGGGGUGCCAACGCUGUGGGCUACACUAACUACCCCGACAACGUGGUCUCCAAGUUCUGCGAGGUAGCCAAGGAGAAUGGCAUGGACGUGUUCCGGGUCUUUGACUCUCUCAACUACCUGCCCAACCUUCUGCUGGGCAUGGAGGCAGUGGGCAACGCGGGGGGCGUGGUGGAAGCUGCCAUCUCCUACACGGGGGACGUGGCUGAUCCCUCCCGCACCAAGUACUCCCUGAAGUACUACAUGGACCUGGCCGAGCAGCUGGUGCGGGCAGGGACCCACAUUCUGUGCAUCAAGGACAUGGCUGGCCUUCUGAAACCAGCAGCCUGUGCCAUGCUGGUGAGCUCCCUCAGAGACCGCUUUCCAGACCUUCCCCUGCACAUCCACACCCACGACACGGCCGGCUCAGGUGUGGCCAGCAUGCUGGCGUGUGCCGAGGCAGGGGCCGACGUGGUCGACGUGGCUGUUGAUUCUAUGUCAGGAAUUACUUCGCAGCCCAGCAUGGGGGCCGUGGUGGCCUGCACCAAGGAGACCCGUCUGGACACAGGGGUGCCUCUGGAGCGGGUAUUUGACUACAGUGAAUACUGGGAGGGGGCCCGGGGCUUGUACGCGCCUUUUGACUGCACAGCAACCAUGAAGUCCGGUAACUCCGACGUCUACGAGAACGAGAUCCCCGGCGGCCAGUACACAAACCUGCACUUCCAGGCCCAUAGCAUGGGGCUAGGGUCCAAGUUCAAGGAAGUCAAGAAGGCUUACGUGGAGGCCAACCAGAUGCUGGGGGACCUCAUCAAGGUGACGCCUUCUUCCAAGAUCGUGGGGGACCUGGCCCAGUUCAUGGUUCAGAAUGGCCUGAGCCGGGCUGAAGCGGAGGAGGAGGCAGAGGAGCUGUCCUUCCCUCGCUCGGUGGUGGAGUUCCUGCAGGGUUACAUCGGCAUUCCCCACGGGGGCUUCCCCGAGCCCUUCCGAACCAAGGUCAUCAAGGAUCUGCCCCGCGUGGAGGGCCGGCCGGGCGCCACGCUGCCUUCCCUGGACCUGGGCGCCCUGGGGAAGGAGCUGGAGGAGCGCUAUGGGGAAGAGAUCACCCCAGAGGACGUGCUCUCGUCCGCCAUGUACCCAGACGUCUUCCAGCAGUUCAAGGAGUUCACCAAUACAUUCGGGCCCCUGGAGUGCCUGGACACCCGCCUCUUCCUACAGGGGCCCAAGAUCGCAGAGGAGUUUGAGGUGGAGUUGGAAAGGGGCAAAACCCUGCACAUUAAGGCCCUGGCCAUGGGGGCCCUGAACCGGGCCGGCCAGAGGCAGGUGUUCUUUGAGCUCAACGGCCAGGUGCGCUCCAUCCUCGUCAAGGACACCCAGGCCAUGAAGGAGAUGCAUUUCCAUCCCAAGGCCCUAAAGGACGUCAAGGGCCAGAUUGGGGCGCCCAUGCCUGGAAAGGUAAUUGACAUCAAAGUGAAAGCCGGGGACAAGGUGACCAAGGGGCAGCCACUGUGUGUGCUGAGCGCCAUGAAGAUGGAGACUGUGGUGACAUCACCCAUGGAGGGCACCAUCAGCAAGGUUCAUGUGACCCGGGACAUGACCCUGGAGGGAGAUGAUCUCAUCGUGGAGAUCGAGUGACCCCCAGUUCUUACCUUGUCCCCAGUGCCUUAGCAUUGGAGGCCCACUCUCCCCCUCGUCAUUCUUAGUAGAUGCUGCUGCUGCCUGGGAGCCCCCGGGCCACAGGAAAAGGGCAGCUAGCCAGGCUGCUAUGGCCACCUGGGACCAGCUGCUCACGGCUAGGGGGCCAACAGAGGGCCCUCCCUCUCUGACUUCCCCUUCCCAAACUGCCCAUCACAUCCUGCCAUCUGCAGGAUGCAUCUGUUUGCCAAAUUGGCACCCUCUCUCUGGGGGAGUGGGGGUCCAGGCCAGGAAGGUCAGGGGGACGAGACCUCCUCGUUUCAGCCUUGACAGACUCAAAACACUCAAUAAAGCCAUUUGUCAUCUC